AUGCCGACUUAUGCCGGAGACAAUGGGCCAGCGUUCGUGAGCAGCGAAUACAAGGCGUUCCUAAAGCGGAACCGCAUCAAACAGCUCCUCAUUCCGCCGUACCACCCAGCAUCAAAUGGUGCCGCAGAAAGGGUGGUGCAGACUGUCAAGGCGAAGCUGAAGAAGAGCGUAGCGGGAGAUUUCAAAACGCAGAUAGCGAGGUUCCUGCUGCAUUAUCGUUCCCAACCGCAUGCUGUUACUGGGUUAUCACCAGCCGAACUCUUGGUCGGCAGGAAACUGAAAACUGCACUGGACUGCCUGCAGCCUAACCUACGAGAGAAUGUGGUGUACCAUCAACUGAAACAAAAAUUGUGGCAUGAUCAACACGCUCGAAACUCGCCGGAACCUGUUCCAGGCGACAGGGUUUUCGCCCGCAAUUUCAGACAGGGUCCUGCCUGGGUUCCUGCGGAAGUAACGGGAAAGAAGAGCGCAUCGUCUGCGGACCUCCGACUGGCUGAUGGCACUACCUGGCAUCGUCACUUGGGCCACAUGAGAGGUUCACACAGUCAUAUACUGUCUCCUGCAUCCACACCGAUAUCGCCACGUGGUCCAGAAGAUCCCCGUGCAGGCGCCACUUCAGAUCAGCCACAGCUUAGUCCAAGCUCAGAGGCGGACACCCGCCUCUGA